GGUUAAGUAGCGCUCUUGUCGUUACUCUCGCGGUUACAUAUCCAAGCACGUUAGUGUUACCUGUGGCUGUAGGCAGCUGUCAUGGACCACAUUAAAGAUGGAUGGUUUACAGAGUCUUGCACGUUAUGGCCAGGGCAGGCGAUGAGCCUCCAAGUGGAGGAGGUCCUCUACCACAAGAAAUCCAAAUUUCAAGAUGUUAUGGUUUUCAAGAGCAAAACUUACGGAAACGUGUUGGUGCUGGAUGGAGUGAUCCAGUGCACGGAAAGGGAUGAGUUUGCCUAUCAGGAAAUGAUUGCCAACCUUCCCCUGUGCAGCCAUCCUUGUCCUAAGAAGGUGCUGGUCAUUGGUGGUGGGGAUGGUGGUGUGCUAAGGGAAGUGGUGAAGAAUCCGCUGGUGGAAUCGGUGGUUCUGUGUGAGAUAGAUGAGGAUGUGAUUAAUGUAUCAAAGAAGUUCCUCCCAGGCAUGGCUAAAGGGUUCUUCAGUCCCAAGCUCACCCUCCACAUUGGUGAUGGCUUUGAAUUCAUGAAGCAGAACCAGGAUGCCUUUGACAUUAUUAUAACUGAUUCCUCAGACCCAGUUGGACCUGCUGAGAGCUUGUUCAAGGAGUCUUACUAUCAGCUGAUGAAGGCAGCAUUGCGAAGCGGUGGAAUUAUUUGUUCCCAGGGAGAAUGUCAGUGGCUCCAUUUGGAGCUGAUAAAGAAGAUGCAAACCUUCUGCAAAACCCUAUUCCCUGUGGUGGACUAUGCCUACAGCACCAUUCCAACUUAUCCCAGUGGCCAAAUUGGAUUCAUGCUCUGCAGUAAAAAUCCUGAAACAAAUUUUAAGGAACCAGUGAAAGCGCUGUCAAAAGAUGAGAUGGAAAGUAUGGACCUUAAAUAUUACAACCCCGAAAUUCACAAAGCGUCCUUUGUCCUCCCCGAGUUCGCGAGAAAGGUGCUCAGUGAAGCAUGACCAGCAGCAGCAGGCCAUGUGCAUCCUUCAGUGAACCUUCAGAGCGUGGAUAAUUAACCUUUUUCUAUGGCUUGUCUUCAACAUAGUUAAACAUCAUCCCAAGAGUAUCAGUUCAGAGGAACUAUGGAUUUGAUCUGGUCUUGCAUACUCUUGUGUUCUUUCUGUCUUUUUUUUGGGGGGGGGGUUCCCUUGUAAUUGCAUUUUGUGAUGCAAACCUAACCUCACUCUGAAGUGUGCUUUCUUUUUCUUUUUUUUUUCUUUUUUUUUUUUUUUUUAUUUUUUUUUCCAUAAAUUUUAAAAUGCAAUAAAUUAAACAUGGUACAAAUAGCGUAAUGUUACAUACCAUAUAGAGUGUAUAUACACCGAUCUACCAUUUACAGGUAAAGUGAAUAAUGUUGAUCAUGUGUUUAAAUACAAUGCUCUGCUGCGAAACUGAGGAAACAUGUAUACCCCACAUCCACUUUCUUUUAGACUUAAACCCAGGCAGGUGGUUUCAAUUCUGUGGCUGAUCGGUGUAUGUAAUCCUCUGCUGCACGUUUAUUUGUGACGUUUAUUAUUUUGUCUUGUCAAGACCACAUUUCAGAAUACUGUCCACUACACAGGAACCCUAUAGUGCCUGAAAUUGGUUGUGGUUUAUCUACGAGUCAGAUGGUCUCUUAGAUGAGAUCUAAAUAGGAAAAUGAUCCCUUUAAAAUGAUCACCAACUUGAUUUAUUAGGUAUAGUUAAUGUUCAGCUUUGAGCAUCAAUUUGAUUAAAAAGGAUCAAAUGAGAUUGUUAACAUGCAAAUUUAGAAAUGUUACCAGUGCAAGAAGUUGAGAUGUGAAUUCUUAAUGCAGUUAUAAUGUGCAUUAUUGGGUAUUAUACUGGUUGUACUGUAAUGAGAAUAUUCAGUCUGACUGUAGGAAGCAACUUCUUUAAAUGCAAAAGUCUCAGUUUGGUUUGUAGAGCUAAUGUAAAAUGCAGUUUACUACCUAUUUGUUAGCUGUAUCUAGACUGAAUCUUUACUGGGACAUUGUGUCAUGUCUGAGCAAUGAAUUUGUGUUUUUAUAAGAAUCAUUAACUGUAAUAAACUGGUAACACAAUUAA